AUGGAUCCGGGCUUGCUUCUAGCGCCGCUUGAUGCGCUGGACCAUCCCGUCAUGAAGCUGCUGAUGCAGCAACUGGCGAAGGAUGGAUACUCAGAGCUACAGAGACGGGAAACACCAACGUACACCAGCGUUGUAACCACGAACACGCACAACGAUGAGAGGUACCGAAACUGGGUUGUGGCUCGCAAGAUUGCCAGCAUCCACCUGGAUGUCAGUCAGCUCCCAGACCCUAUGGAAGAGCUUCUUCUGGAACCCUCGGAGUGGGCAAUCGUGACCACCGAGCAAUAUGCAGCAGCCGCCAAAGUCCGAGAAUGGUGGCUAGAAGGAUCACAGGCUGUCAUGAUGAGGCUUUUUAACCUUGGCUUGAGUCGUCUGUCAACUGCGGCGCACCUGUAUGCACUAGAUUUCCUAUUGUGGAUGCGAGGUAAGUUUGUUGCAGUUCCCCAAUACAAUCCUUCCUGGUUGGCCCAUUCUUACCAAGCUACUACCUCUGCAGGCUAUGCCAUCCCAAGCGGUGACUUUAGCCCGGUCGGAUUCUACUUCACCAAGCCGUCAGCGCAUGUCGGGCCUUUCUCUUCCGAGUAUGACAAUUUCUUCGCAGAAAGAUUUCGCGAGAGAAUCAUGGCCGGCCAUCUGGCCAUACCCAGCAACACGCCUUCCCCGAUCUCCCCAGGUGGGCCCCAGCAAGUUGCCAACACCAGCACCAAUACCGAGGCACCAGUGAGAGACAAAUUUCAGCGAGUUCAGUCCAAGGCUCCUCCCACAACGUCGACAGCCCCAGAAAGGCGUGGCCCAAACAGGACCAACCUUGACGCUGCUAUUCAGAGAUCGAGCGCUGAGAUUGAUCAACCGUCGGGUCAAUUGAGAAGCGUGGAGGAAGCCACGCCAGCCCCUGUCAUAACCUCCGUGACAGAGGCACGUCCAUCAUGGACAGCUAAGCUUGAGCCAAGCAGUAGUUUCAACUCGCCUAUUCUCAGGAGGGGUGACAUCAAUCAACCGCCCAGAUGGGAAACCAUGCUGGUUCCUCCCGCGACCUCUAGUACAGAGACCCCUCUUACCUCGACAGUUAGGCCAAGCAGUGGUUUGGAUAUGCCUGACCUCAAGAGCGACGAGAACCAACCCCCGAAGCAGAAAGCUAGAUCCGCUCCUCCCGUGGCAUGUGCGACAGAGGCAAACUCGACUUCGAGCGCAGGAUCAAACCGUGAUGGCAACCCAUACCUCAUUAGCGCCGGUAUCAACCAGUCGAUGAGAGGAGGGGGUGAUGCAGGUCGUCCAGACAUUGGUGCGACCGCAGAGGCGUACCCAAAAUCGACAUCUCAGCCAAGCCGUGGUGUCAACAAGCGUACCCGCAACGAGUCUGACGCUAUUGCGGAGGUUCCGCCGCCCAAGAGGUCACAGCAAGGGCUCCCGCUGAGGACGCUGGCCAGCAUGGGUUUCCUUGGUCGCCACGAGGUUUAUCAACCUUUUGGCACAGAACAACAGUUGCAGGCCUCGACUGUACCUCAAAACACAACCCAAGCCAUAGUUCUUACUGGGGCUGCUGCUACGCAUUGUGGCAACACACAAUGCAAUAGUCCGCAUCAUAAAUUGGUGGACUGCUUUGGGCCAGUGUCCGCCAGCGGCUUCCUUGAAGGGUGCCCCUUCCACAAUACCCAACUUCAUGAUAUCGACGCAUGCGGGUACCUCUCCCAAGGCCAGCUGACAAGGGAGGAGCUGUUUAACGUCUUAGUAACAAGGCGGGCUAAUCUGCCGCCAUUCAAAACGGCCAUUUCAAUUCUCGCCUUGGCAGCUACUAUGGGAAGGCUCGACAGACUUGCCGAUACCAUGCCGCUCGAUCGACGCACAGUCACAAGUAGGUACGCGCAGAUGCGGUUGUGGGUAAACCCCAACCGGACCAGGCUGUUCAGGGACCCCCGUUUUCCAUCAGAUCCCCUGGCCCUCAUGGAAACUUUGUACCGGUCUUGGCAAUUCGUUGUACAAGGCUUGACGCGCCAGGAUCAUUUCAGCGGUGGUUUCGCUGUGCCCGACAACUUUGCUGUCUUUCGGACUGCCUGGGUUAGUGAGCUUGUACCGUAUAGCAAGGCCUUUGAGACGGUCCGUGUUCGUGGUCGGGGAGUCUACCCAUUCAUACCCAAGCCCGACUUGUUAGUUCUCCAGAAGCAGCACCGCGAGAUGGCCAAGGAGAGCCUGUUGGAGUUUCAGCUUGCGCGGCUUCGGAGCCAAAGAGAAGGCCGAAACUAA